CCAAGUCCCGGCCCGGCGAUGCCAGCCUGUGGCUGGGCCCCAGAGGCGGCAGCGGGAGGGGGCUUUCGGGGUCAGCUGUUUCGCCCAGCCACGAGGCAGGCAGGCCUUUUCUUUUUCUUUUUCUUUUUUUUUUUGUUGGAAAGGAAGCAAAUAAAAAUUGGGCAACUUUGAGCCCCAGGUGAGAGCUUCAUUUUCUGUGAAAUGCCCUUAUUCAGUUAUUGAAGACUAGCCUUGGGGAAUUUCCAUUUAUUAUUUUUUGCUGCUUGUGUCCCUUCUGUGUGUUGUAUUGGGGACACCCCCCCCAAAAAAAAGACGAAAUGAUGUUGUCCGAGCAAGCCCAGAAGUGGUUUCCAACUCAUGUGCAGGUCACUGUGCUUCAAGCCAAAGAUCUGAAGCCAAAAGGCAAAAGUGGCACCAAUGACACAUACACUAUUAUCCAACUGGGCAAGGAAAAAUACUCUACCUCUGUAGCAGAGAAAACCCUAGAUCCAGUCUGGAAAGAAGAGGCUUCAUUUGAGCUACCUGGAUUGCUAAUGCAGGGGAAUCCAGAGAAAUAUAUUCUAUUCCUGAUAGUCAUGCACAGGUCUUUGGUGGGUCUGGAUAAAUUUUUGGGGCAGGUGGCAAUCAGUCUGAAUGACAUCUUUGAGGACAAACAGAGAAGGAAAACAGAGUGGUUUAGGUUAGAAUCCAAACAAGGAAAAAGAGCCAAAGACAGAGGACAAAUAAAGGUCAACAUUCAGUUUAUGAGAAACAAUAUGACAGCCAGUAUGUUUGACCUGUCAAUGAAGGAUAAAACAAGAUCUCCUUUUGCAAAACUAAAAGAUAAAAUGAAAGGAAGAAAGAAUGAUGGGACAUUUUCUGAUACAUCUUCAGCAAUCAUUCCAAGUACUCAUAUACCUGAUGCUAACACUGAACUUUCAAGUAGUGAAAUACAGAUGAAAUCCAAACCAAAAAAGCCUUUUCUUUUGGGACCUCAGCGACUCUCUUCAGCUCAUUCAAUGUCUGAUUUAACUGCAUCACAUGUUUCUUCAGAGAAAUUGAAGACUGCCACCAUUGGUCAUACACAUCUUUUCAGGCGCCAUUUGGAUUCUUUCGAAUCUGUUGAGGAAAGUGGAAGUCUCAAAUCUCCACAUAGAAGAACAUUAAGUGCUGAUACUUCUAAAAUCAACCAUCCUGACAGCAUAGUUGAUGAAGGUGAAUCGUCUUUUGGAACACAAAAUGACCCAUUUACAAAUGUGACUGCUUCAUUACCCCAAAAAUUUGCAACACUGCCAAGAAAGAAAAAUCCAUUUGAAGAAAGCAGUGAAUCAUGGGACAGUGGUGUGAGUUUAUUUUCAAAAUCAGUUGAUGUUAAAAAAGAAAAUAAAAGAGAGAAAAGGGAAAAAGUUAGUCUUUUUGAAAGAGUGACUGGGAAAAAAGAUAGCAGGAGAUCUGACAAACUUAGCAAUGGGGGAUCGGACAGUUCUUGUGACUUGAAAUCACCUAAUGCAUUUGGUGAAAAUCGCCAGGAUUAUUUUGAUUAUGAAUCUACCAACCCAUUUUCAACAAACUUCAGGACUACAAACAUGAUGACAUCUUCUAGUUUUCAUAUGAAACCAACAAGCAGUGAAGAUCUCAGGAAAAUAUUGGAUAGCAAUCCUUUUGAUGCCACUGCAGGGUAUCGAAGUCUUACCUAUGAAGAAGUAAUACAAGAACUUGUGAAACACAAAGAACUACUUAAAAGGAAAGACACCCAUAUCCGUGAACUUGAGGACUACAUUGACAAUCUUCUUGUAAGAGUAAUGGAAGAAACUCCAAGUAUUCUCAGAGUGCCAUAUGAACCUUCAAGAAAAGCUGGCAAAUUUUCCAAGAGUUGAUAAGCCAAUAAUAUUGCAUUUCAUAUUUUAAAAAAAUGCUAGUUGAAGACACUGCAUAAUAGGUUGAAAUUUUUUUUGUUUAACUUUUCAAAAAUCAUUUUAAAUUUAAAUAUUCAUGGGGACUGCCAAAAAGUGUCAUCUGUGAAGUGAGCCAAAUAAUUAA